AUGGCUUCUACCACGGAAUGGAAAGUUCCUGAUCCACUAACUCCACCGUUGAAAUUCAGCACGGUUCAACCAAAUUUGUAUAGAGGUGCAUAUCCCAGAGAAAUUAAUUUUCCUUUUUUAAAGACUUUAGAGUUGAAAACAAUAAUAUCCUUGACUCCUAGUCCAAUUGCGGCUGAAACUGAUAGAAAACUACAUGAUUUCGCUAUUGAAAACAAUAUACGAAUAGUGCAUUUAGAAUGUGCUCAUCUGGGUAAGGGUAAAAAGAGAGGUGUUCCCAUAGGAUAUUCAGCAAUAUUGGAAGCCUUAAACCUCAUGAUUCACAAGGAAUAUGGCCCAGUAUAUAUACAUUGUCUUAACGGAGGACAGGUGACCAGUUUAGUAAUAGCAUGUCUUCGCAAAGUUCAAUUUUGGUCUUCAAUUGCCAUUUUUAAUGAAUUCAUAAACUUCACUUCGAAUAUCACCGUUAAUGAUAGAAGCUUUGUGGAAGGGUUCAAGGGAGAGAUAAACUUAAAUUCGAAAGAUAAGGUGGAUUGGUUAUGGGUUGGUAUGAGUAAAGGUGUCAUUGGGAAUCAUCCCAAAAUUAGAGUAACUGAUGUUUCAUGA